GAUAAUGUUACAAACAAGCUUGGAAAAACGUUUUCGAAAGAAUUGGAAAAACAAUUCCAAAAAAUAGAGGAUGAACGCGUAGCUCAUCAAGCAGCUGAAACUUCACGCCAAGAAACAAUUCUUAAAAUGGUAUCUCAAACACUUAGUACAAAUACUUCAAAAUUAUUGGAAACAACAAUUCGUAAUGAAAUUCAGAAUUCCGUUUUACCUACGUUAAGUAAAAUGGUUACCAAUGCUGUCGAUAAACAUGCUCAUAGAGGGAUGGUUGAUGCAGUAAACAAGAGCAUACCAACAGCAAUCGAAAAAUCUGUUGCGGAUAACGUGCAACGUGUUCUCGCAAAGACGCCAGUAAUUGAAUCUAUAGCAAAAGGAGUUUCCAGAGCCAUUAGACCAGUUAUAGAAGAAACUUUUAGGGAAAAUUUCACAAAUGUUCUUAUUCCUUCUUAUCAAAAAGCUACUAACGCGAUGUUCGAACAAAUUACAACCACCUUCGAAGCUGGUAUGCAAGAUAUUGCUGUGAAGAGUGCGCAAGCUUCUUCAUACAACAAUGCAAACGGAGGAGAUCAAAGUACUUUGAUUCGCUUGCAGGCUUCCGUUGAUCAUCUUGCAUUGAACGUUCAACAACUACAGCAAUUGUAUCAAUUGCAAACUAAUUUGUCAAGACAAACGGGAGGGCAGCAACCAGAACCGCAAUUGGGACGCACUUCUGAUGAAUAUCCUUUUUAA